CAGCGGCGGCGGCAGCGGCGUGUCCCUGAGAGUAGCGUGGGGGCGGGGAGGAGAGGCGGCGGCAGCGUCCGAGCUACGCCACACAGGGCCGGGGUGCUGGGUGCUGGAGCCAAGAGCGGGGUCGUGGCGGCGGUGGUGAGAAGAGCGAGGCGGAGGGGGGGGUGCCAUGGCGGGACAGCAGUUCCAGUACGAUGACAGCGGGAACACCUUCUUCUACUUCCUCACCUCAUUCGUGGGGCUUAUCGUGAUCCCGGCCACAUACUACCUCUGGCCCCGAGACCAGAAUGCCGAGCAAAUUCGAUUAAAGAAUAUCAGAAAAGUAUAUGGAAGAUGUAUGUGGUAUCGUUUACGGUUAUUAAAACCCCAGCCAAAUAUUAUUCCUACAGUAAAGAAGAUAGUUCUGCUUGCAGGAUGGGCAUUGUUCUUAUUCCUUGCAUACAAAGUUUCCAAAACAGACCGAGAAUAUCAAGAAUACAAUCCUUAUGAAGUAUUAAAUUUGGAUCCUGGGGCAACAGUAGCAGAAAUUAAGAAACAGUAUCGUUUGCUCUCACUUAAAUAUCAUCCAGAUAAAGGAGGUGAUGAAGUUAUGUUCAUGAGGAUAGCAAAAGCUUAUGCAGCUUUAACUGAUGAAGAGUCGCGGAAAAAUUGGGAAGAGUUUGGAAAUCCAGAUGGCCCUCAAGCCACAAGCUUUGGAAUUGCCUUGCCAGCUUGGAUAGUCGACCAGAAAAACUCAAUUUUGGUUUUACUUGUAUAUGGAUUAGCAUUCAUGGUUAUCCUUCCAGUUGUUGUAGGCUCUUGGUGGUAUCGCUCAAUACGCUAUAGUGGAGACCAGAUUCUAAUACGCACAACACAGAUUUAUACAUAUUUUGUUUAUAAAACCCGAAAUAUGGAUAUGAAACGUCUUAUCAUGGUUUUGGCUGGAGCCUCUGAAUUUGAUCCUCAGUAUAAUAAAGAUGCCACAAGCAGACCAACAGAUAAUAUUCUAAUACCUCAGCUAAUCAGAGAAAUUGGCAGCAUUAAUCUAAAGAAGAAUGAGCCUCCACUUACCUGCCCCUAUAGCCUGAAAGCCAGAGUUCUUUUACUAUCUCAUCUUGCUAGAAUGAAAAUUCCUGAGACCCUUGAAGAAGAUCAGCAAUUUAUGUUGAAAAAAUGCCCUGCCCUACUUCAAGAAAUGGUUAAUGUAAUCUGCCAGCUAAUAAUAAUGGCCCGGAGCCGUGAAGAAAGGGAGUUUCGUGCUCCAACUUUGGCAUCCCUAGAAAACUGCAUGAAGCUGUCCCAGAUGGCUGUGCAGGGCCUUCAGCAGUUUAAGUCUCCCCUUCUGCAGCUCCCUCACAUUGAAGAGGACAAUCUUAGGAGGGUUUCUAAUCAUAAAAAGAUCUUCCUCAGCUUACAGUGGGGUUACAUCCUCAUAAAGCCAUCGAUCUACAAAAUUAAGACUAUUCAGGAUUUGGUGAGUUUAAAAGAAUCAGAUCGUCACAAUCUACUGCACUUCCUUGAAGAUGAAAAAUAUGAAGAGGUUAUGGCUGUCCUUGGGAGUUUCCCAUAUGUGACUAUGGAUAUAAAAUCACAGGUAUUGGAUGAUGAAGAUAGCAACAACAUCACAGUAGGAUCCCUAGUUACAGUGUUGGUUAAAUUGACAAGGCAAACAAUGGCAGAAGUAUUUGAAAAGGAACAGUCGAUCUGUGCUGCAGAGGAACAGCCAGCAGAAGAUGGGCAGGGUGAUACUAAUAAGAACAGGACAAAAGGAGGAUGGCAGCAGAAGAGCAAAGGACCCAAGAAAACUGCUAAAUCAAAAAAAAAGAAACCUUUAAAAAAAAAACCUACACCUGUGCCCUUACCACAAUCAAAGCAACAGAAACAAAAGCAGGCAAAUGGAGUUGUUGGGAGUGAAGCUGCAGUAAAGGAAGAUGAAGAAGAAGUUUCUGACAAAGGCAGUGAUUCUGAAGAAGAAGAAACCAAUAGAGAAUCCCAAAGUGAAAAAGAUGAUGGUAGUGACAGAGACUCUGAUAGAGAGCAAGAUGAAAAACAAAACAAAGAUGAUGAAGCAGAAAAACAAGAAUGGUGGUGGCUUUAUAUUGCAGAUAGGAAGGAACAGACGUUAAUAUCUAUGCCGUAUCAUGUGUGUACACUAAAAGAUACAGAAGAGGUAGAACUGAAGUUUCCUGCACCAGGAAAGCCUGGAAAUUAUCAGUAUACGGUGUUUCUGAGAUCAGACUCCUAUAUGGGUUUGGAUCAGAUCAAACCCUUGAAGUUGGAAGUUCAUGAGGCUAAACCUGUACCAGAAAAUCACCCGCAGUGGGAUACAGCAAUAGAAGGGGAUGAAGACCAGGAAGACAGCGAGGGCUUUGAAGAUAGCUUUGAGGAGGAGGAAGAAGAGGAGGAAGAUGAUGACUAAGCAGUACUAUGAAUGGACCCCACAGUAUUUGCAGCUUUUUGCUGUUUUGGAAGUGUAUAAUAAACCAGAAACAGUGCAGAACUGAUGUUGAGGGAGGUGUUAGUUCUUUACUAGAAAUGGGUGCAUAAUAUAACUAGGCAGUGGUGAUGCCUUGGUACAGUCUGAAAAGUGCUUAAGGCUUGUUAAAGCCUUUCAAGUAUGGGAUGGUGCAUUUAUUUCAUCGGCAAAUGAUAAUAAACCCUUUGUUAUAACUGUCCAGAAGUGUGGGCUAUGUAUUAUCAAUUUAUGGUCCCAGUAAAAGUAAAGGUACAUGAAAACCAAUUUAUAAGUGAGCAGUUUUUCUUUGUUUAGCUUUAGUUUUCAGCAAACAUGAAAGUAUGGUAAACACCACACAUGUUUUUAGGAACAUCUGCUCAAGUUUUAAUCUUUUAAUAAGCUCUGUCAUUCAUUUAUUGACAUUUUGCAGUGAUACAAGACUAUUUAUAACAGCUCCAUUCAUAGCUUUAAACUUUUUAUUUUUACCUGUCUUGGUCAUAAGUUGGCAUUCUGUCACAUUCCACAUAAUAUAGAGGGCUACAUUUGGGGAUUUUCCUUUUCUUAAUUGCCCAGAGUUAUCAGACAGAUUAUAAAAAAUGGCUUUUAAUGGCUUAAAACAUUUUUAAGCCUCUAUUUUAGCAGAUCAGUGCAGGAUCUAAUUCUUUUUAUAAGCUAUAGGUCUAAAAAUGAUUGUGGGACCAUAUGUUCUCUGAUGUUGGUAACUCAUGUUAUUAAACCUUUUUAAAAAGGUUCACUAUAAAAGCUGAAAUACAUUCUUAGCUUUUAAUCCACCUGACUCAGAAGCCUUUUAAGGAAAAAAAAACCACAUAACUUGCAAAGGAGGCAUUUUUUUUGUAUUCAUUUUGGACUCCUGUCAAUAAAAUAGAAGUUUGACUCAU